AAUCACAACUGUGUGUUGCAGCAGGAGCUGGGUGCAGCUUUCAUCAAUUAACUGAGUACAUCCACUUGACAACAAUGUCUUCCAACUCUAACUUCAGUACAAUGCAGAGAGUGGUGGAGCAGCUGAGACUGGAAGCCAGUGUGGAACGGAUUAAGGUCUCACAGGCAGCAGCGGAACUUCAGCAGUAUUGCAUGCAGAAUGCUUGUAAGGAUGCACUGCUGGUGGGAAUGCCUGCUGGAAGCAACCCAUUCCGAGAGCCAAGAUCCUGUGCAUUGCUCUGAACAACCUCUGCCAUUAUAUUUGUCACUAAUGUGUUUCACACUUCCUGCCUUGAAAGAAGACUGGCUACGUUUCCUGUGCCAUUCCAACUGAUGUGGCAAAACUUCUUUCUAUAUUUAUUAAUUAUUUCAUACAGUGUUUUAUGAACUUUUUUGGUAAUAUUUGAACAGAAAUAAAAUUCUAUGAAAAAUGUGAGGUUUUUGGCUAACUUUUUUUAGGUAACCACACUGUUUUGGGUAGUUAUAAAUAUUAUGUUAUUCUCAGAGAAUGAGUUUGGACAGAUCUGAGAAACAAAGACUAAUCAGAUUUUUACAUUGUUUAAACCUUGGAUCUCCAGAUGUUGCAUGACACACUGGGGCAUAUUUAUGAAUACCAGACAAAGCUUUCUCCCUAAUAAAACAUACGCUUUGUGUGGUGUUAUAUUUAGCAUUUUUGGUCAUGGUUGCCUGUGGUCUCAUCUUAGGAGGUCUUUUGUCUGUCUUUCUGAUUGGUUAGUAAGGUGAGGCAUGAUCAUACAACUACCUAUGCUGACCACAAAUUAAUUGAAUCACAUACAAUCACACUUGUAAUAAUUAAAUUAAGAGUUAAUAUUAGUGUGCCUGGUUUACAGUUUCUCCCCAUGCAAAUGGCUCUCGUUUUUGGUUCUCUCACUGUGGUGAGAAACGUAACCAAAGACUUGUGAAAAUAAAUAUAUAUAAUUAUAUACAUG